AUGAGUGUCAUCAUUAGACUGCAGAAUCUGCCCUGGUCGGCUAAUGCUCUCGACAUUAGGAAUUUCUUUCGGGGACUUUCUAUACCCGAAGGAGGUGUUCACAUCGUAGGCGGCGAGCUUGGAGAUGCGUUCAUUGCGUUCAGUACGGACGAAGAUGCGCGUCAAGCGAUGAUGUUAGAUGGGGGAAAGAUAAAAGAGAUCCAAGUAAAAUUGUUCCUGAGCUCUCGCUCAGAGAUGCACAAAGUGAUAGAAGCCGCACGACAAAGUGUACCGAUCUUAUCCCUCGCCCCGACCCCCGCACCCGCCCCGGUGGCCCCCCCACAGGUACCCACCCCUCCUCAACCAACACUCCCCGUUCCUCCUGCUAUUACUCCUUUUUCAGCUGCUCUAGGUACCAAUCCUCUAUCUGGCUUCGGAAUACCAGGAAUAGGUAAUCCUCAGGAGAUUCCUCAGCCCGCUGUCAUUGAACCCCCAGCCCCCCUCAUCAGUCCUCCCUUGAAAUCCCCUGUCGAAGAAGAUAAAGAAGAAGAGAAAGUGUCAAGGAAGCGUAGUAAAGAAAAGGACAGACGACGUACUCGAUCCCGAUCGAGGUCAAGAGACAGAGAUAGGAAAGAUAGAAAAAGGGAUCGUAGGGAUAGAUCGCGGUCAAGGGAGAGAAGGAGACGUGAUAGGAGUCGCAGUAGAGAUAGGCGCGAUCGUAAAAGGGACAGAAAGGAUCGCAGCCGCUCUCGCGAAAGAUCUCCGCGUCGGUCGCGAGAUAAGCGCGGUGAUCGUAGAUCUCCACACAACUCUCAAGAACGGUCUCUCGAUAGUAAUGAAAGCUCAGGUGCACUUCCCGCAUCAGCAUAUGGUAACAAUUCUAAUGGGCCGCAAAUGUCGAUGGUGCAAAACAGUCCUCUGCAAAAUGGGCCAAUGAACUUUAACGAUCCAUCCUUAACAGAUGCAUUUAAUAAGUUACAAGAACUGGGUAAAAAACGUAAUCCAAACGCCUUCCAAGGCGACCAGCAGAAUGGCAGUAGAUUCCAAGGCGGGCGGGGAAGCAAUAAUUCAUCGCGCGGAGGAGCCUCAUUCCGUAGAGACGGAAGGCCGUCGAGGUUCGACGAACAGCAAAGAGAUUGUUGUGUCGCGAUUAGAAAUGCUCCAAAUCAUACAAGCUAUGGCGAUGUGCGCCGGUUUUUCCCUUUCAUGAUCGAUAAGCAUGGCAUCAAAAUGAUUAAUGAUAACAUGGGACGACGUACAGGCAAUAUCUUCGUUCGAUUCUGUGACCCCCGAUCUAAACAGCUAGCGUUGCAACGGAAGAGUAAUGAGUUGAAAGGUGCACAAGUCGUUGUUGAGUCGUUGGACGACGAUGCCUAUGAGUCUGCCGUAGACUCUUUCCUACCGUAUCGCGAAGAUAAUGACGAUGAAGAUGCAAGUCUAAUCAUCGCAGACGGAGAUGACAGUUUAACUAAAAAGUUUUGCGCGCUGAAACUUAGUGAUUUACCUAAUUUCGUUAAAGAACAUGAUAUCAUGAAAGCCUUCAGUGAUUUUUCUCUUCUCUCUAUUCUAUUGAACGAUUGCCGUGUGAGUCGAACUAAGAUCGCCUUCGUCCAGUUUGUCAAACCUGACGAGGCGAAAUCGGCUUUCGAUCGGAGAGAGACGUAUUUAUUUGGUAGGCGUCAAGCCGUUAUUACUCCAAUGUCCGAUGAGGAAUUUGCAAAGGAGAAAAUAAAUCAUGAUAAAACCGAGCAACCGAUUUUGAAAGGAAAGAUUAUUGAAAACGAACAGGUGCCAGAGCCGGUAAUACCUCGUGACCCUCGACAACGACGUCAAAUAGAUAACGGACCGAGUUCGCAAGGCUCGCCGGCGAUGCAGGCACCGGUGCAAACGCCCUUUUUCCCCAAUACACAAUUCCCGCAAAAUUUCGGCACGGCAUUUCAAAGUCCUCAAUUUAAUAACCCCACAUUCCCAGGACAAGGCAAUAUGGAGCCCCGAGCGUCUCCCACCACCUGGGGUACUCGUAUGAACUUCCCGAAACAGCCAGAUCAGAGAAUGCCAGCGAUGCAAGUCCCUCAGGUGCAAGUGCCACCUGUUGCCAAAAAGCCAGCUAUAUCGGUUAACAUGGAAGAUGAGGCACUCGACUGUGUUCUAAUGAAAGGCCUCCCUCGCGACGCUACCGACCGGACUAUCGUUAACUUUUUAGCGGAUACCGGCGCGGUUCCAGCGAGAAUACAUCUUAUGUUAGAUUCUAAUGGUUUGCCCUCCGGAGAUUGCUUCUGCGAGUUCCGAUCGGGACAAGAAGCAAGGAAAGCAGCAACCAAACAUGGACAAACAUUAGAGGGUUGUCGUGUUACAGUAGAUUUAGUUAUGCGAAGUGUUGUGGAGGAAGCCUUGGAAGGUCCAAAAAUGGAUGGACAGCAGCCAACUCCUCAACAACAAGUAUUACUUGGAAAUGUUCCACCUCCCUUUAUGAACACCACUCGCGGAGGGUUUAUGGGCCGCGGUCAGUUCAGAGGGAGAGGGAGUUUCGAUAGGGGUGGUUUUAACCGUGGCGGUUUUGAUCAGCGAGGUGGUUUCAGAGGUCGCGGGUGGAUGGACCGAGGUCGUGGGUUCGAUCGAGGCAGAGGUCGCGGGUUCCCACGAGGCCGUGGCGGGUUCGAUAACGGUCAGAUGCACAUGCGCUCUGAAGAGGAGCAGGACCCAGCUCUCGAGAAUUUUGGUGCACCCGGCUGUGUAGUCACUAUGGAGAAUGUACCAUUCAGAGCGACUGUGGACGAUAUCAUGACGUUUUUCGGGGACUUUGAACUAACACAAGAUGAUAUUAUAAGGAGGUAUAACGAGCGAGGGCAGCCGACCGGCGACGCACGGGUCGCCUUCAGGACGCCCUUUGACGCGCAACGCGCCAUCAAAACUCGCCAUAUGAACUCCAUAUACGACAGACGGCACAACCUGAACAAUACUGCCGCAGAGAAAGAGCUCGCUUGUGAUGAUCUCGAGUUCAGCAAUGCUUAUUGGCACCAACAUAGGAUU